AUGUAUCUGAAGUUUUUGAUGACUAAGUCUGAAGAGUUACUAGCCUUGGGGGAGGAAGGACAAAUGUAUAAGGUCACUACAUUACGAGACACUGGGGCUGCUUUGACGCUGUCGUAUGGUAAGGCUUUACCUAAUGUUACGAAGAAUCUCAGUGGUGAGAAGGUUGUUGUGAAAGAUCUAACUGGAAUAUCAUCAAUUCCCCUUGCCAAUAUCUACCUUGAUUGUCUGCUUGUAAAAGGAAAAGUUGAACUAAGGGUGAUAGAUAAAGAAUUGACAGCAGAAGGGUUUGCAUUGUUAAUAGGUAAUGAUUUAGCCGAGAAAUUAAUCGUUCCAUAUUUGAUUGUCUCUGAUAUCCCAAUGAAUGACAUGAAUGAUGAGAAAGUAGAUACUGACCAAGCCUUAAUGAAUUACAUAAAUGAUAAGAAAGUAGAUACUAACCAAGCCCCAACAUACAUAGUUACUCGGUCCCAAGCUGGAGGAACUACUCCAAUAUGGCAGCACCCUUAUAGAGAAGAAGUAGACUAUCUUCUGAGAGCUAGAUUAGCUAAACCUAGCAAGUCAUCGUGGGCAACUCCCUGUCUGUUGUUACUAAAGGAGGAUGGCAGUAUGCGACAAUGUACAGAUUACAGGAGAGUAAACUCUGUUACUGUUAAAGAUAGUUACCCUUUACCACGGCAGAUGACCUCAUAG